GAGGAUUAAAUUUGUUUUGUACGAGUCACUACCGAGUAUCUCUAAAAGUCACUAAGUCUUGUAAAUUAAAUAAUUUUAAAAAGACGAAUAACUUGACAUAAAAUAUUUCGGAAUCGAUAUGCUUUUUUUGGCGAUGCUGAUGUACUAACGAAUACGUUGAAAAAUCAAUAUUUAUGUUUCUUUUCCUAACAGUUUAUAUCAUAUAAUAAGUAAGACUAAAUGAUGUUGUUAUUUGUACAAGUAAAUAUCAGAGAAUAAAAGUUUAUCGCCAGAUAUUUGUAUUAAAAUGGUUUUAAUAAGCAAACGAUGUUAAUGGAGUAGAGCAUAAAAAAAAGUUUCUAAAAAAAUAUGGCCGCAGGUAUAUGGGAUCGACUUCCAGCACACGAGUUCAAACAGCUGCAAGAGUACACAAAAUAUUCAAAGAGAAGGCUCAAAGAUGUUUUGACAGAAUUCCAUGCUGGCAUUCAUAAACAAUAUAAUACUGAACAGCCAAUGGGUUAUGAAGGUUUCAAGCUCUUUAUGUCUUCUUAUUUGGGAGAAAGUAUUAGCGAUGAACUUUGUCAAACUUUAUUUUGGACAUUUCAUAAGAAAGUUCCUCAAAUAGGUGUUAAAUCUCCUGAGAUGCCCACUGCUCUUGUUAGUAAGUUUAUUGAAGAAGGUGGCUAUGAAGAGUUUAAUGAGAUUGGCCAUGGCACCCCAAAUCUUCUAUUUUCAAGGAUUGCCAAAGGAGCACGUCGUGCUACAUUGGUUGCUACAGCAACUGUUGUUGCUGGAAUUACUUCAAGUAUUUCAAGCUGCAGUUCAGCAAACGCAUUAAACGAAUUAAACAAUGACACUCAUCAAAAGUAUAAACAAAAUGGAAAAUAUCAUCAGUUAGAAGACAUGUCAUCUUUACGUGCUUCUUCUUACUUAGAUGGACAUUGUUUAGAAACACAUGUAAAUGAUGAUGCUGCUAAAUCACCAAGGGAUUUCAAUGAUCUGCAUCUUGUUCCUAUGAUUGAGAUAAAAGAAAUUGCCUGCUACUUAUCACUUCUUGAGGGAGGUGAUGUGCAAGACAAACUGGAAUUUGUGUUUCGCGUUUAUGAUAGUGACAAUAACAAUUACUUAGAUCAAAAGGAACUGGAGUCAAUUGUAAAUCAAAUGAUAAGAGUGGCUGAGUAUCUUGGAUGGGAUACAGCAGCUAUCCAACCAAUAUUAAUGGAUAUGUUGGCAGACAUGGAUUGUGAUGCUGAUGGACAAAUUAGUAUUGAAGAGUUUAUAAAAGGAGGAAUGAACAACAUUCCUUUUUUAGUAUUACUUGGAAUGGAUGUAAAAGUAGAUGAAGAAGGCAAGCAUCAGUGGCAAAUGAAGCACUUUAAGUCACAAGCUUACUGUAAUAUUUGUCAUAGUGCUUUAACAGGAUUUCACCGUAAACAAGGGCUUGUUUGCAUUUUUUGUCAUUUUACGUGUCAUGAAAGAUGUGUGAAAAGAGUCCCAAAUUCUUGUAUUCAAACGUAUACAGAGUCAAAGUCAAAAAUGAAAGCUACAGUUAUGGACCACCAUUGGGUUGAAGGAAAUUGUUCUGGCAAAUGUUCAAAGUGUAAUAAAACCAUUAAAAUGAACUGUUUAACAGGGCUGCAUUGUGUGUGGUGCCAAGCCAAAGUACACAAUCGUUGUGUUCAAUACAUGCAAGUAGAAUGUUCAUUAGGCAAACAUCGUGUACACAUUUUACCUCCAAUAUGCAUUACACCACAAACUGCAAAACGUGGAGGACGUAAUGUAAGAGAAAAGAAAAAUUCUGUAAUUAGUUAUGACGGCAUACCUAUGAUGAUUUCUCCAUUACCUAACAGUCAACCAUUGGUAGUUUUUGUUAAUCCAAAAAGUGGUGGAAGGCAAGGUGCAAAAUUAUUAAACAAGUUUAGAUACUUACUAAACCCAAGACAAGUGUUUAAUUUAGCUGAUGCAGGGCCCUUUCCUGGUCUAAAAUUUUUUUCCCAAAUUCCGAACUUUCGCAUUUUGUGUUGUGGUGGUGAUGGUACAGCUGGAUGGAUUUUGUCCACUUUAGAUCGUCUGUCUAGCUUAAAGGAGCGCCCUCCAAUGUCAAUACUUCCUUUGGGUACUGGAAAUGAUCUUUCGCGCUGUUUGGGAUGGGGUGGAGGCUACGAUGGAGGGAAGAUAGAAAAAUACCUUAUUAAAACUGCAGAAAGUACCUCAGUUGCAAUGGACAGGUGGCAAAUUGAUUGUGAAGAAAUUGAUAAUAGUGAAGAAUGUGAUGUCAUGCCACAAAAUAUAAUGAACAACUAUUUUUCCAUCGGCGUUGAUGCUUCAGUUGCAUUAAAGUUUCAUUUACAAAGAGAAAAGAAUCCCGAAAAGUUCAAUAGCAGAUUUAAAAAUAAAUUACGCUAUUUUGAGGCUGGAACAUCAGAGCAAUUAGCUGGUUCAUGCAAAGGUCUUCAUAAUGACGUGGAGUUAAUUUGUGAUGGUAAAAAAAUUGAGCUCCCGCCUUUAGAAGGAAUUGCUAUUUUAAACAUACCAAGUAUAUAUGGCGGGGCUAAUAUUUGGGGAGAAUCAGAAAAAAGCAAUAAAAGGGACUCUGCUGAUUUAUCCAAUGCUGUCCAAAAUAUUGGUGACAAAAAAAUUGAAGUUGUUGGUUUAGAAAAUAGUUUAUAUGUUGGCCAGAUAAUAGCAGGAGUUCGUCAGCAUGGUUUAAGAAUAGCUCAAUGUUCCUCCAUAGAAAUGAACGUGAAGCGUUCUAUUCCAAUGCAAAUUGAUGGUGAGCCAUGGCUUCAAGCUCCAUCAAGAAUAACUAUAAAACAUCGAAAUCAAACGCCUAUGUGUGUCGCCUCUUCUCAAAAGAGUAAAAAUAUUUUACAUUUUUUGAAACGUGGGGGAACGGAAGUGUAAGGUUCUUUUGCUCUCGAAAAGAAUUCGCUCAUUUUUAGCAUUUUUUAUAGCCAUUGUUUUUAGCAUCUUUUUUUAUCUUUAGAUUUUAAAAACAACUAAUUAAACAUUUUUUUUUUAUUUUUUUUUUUUUUUAUGUAUUAUUGCUUUAAGUACUUUAACCUAUAACGUGUUUUAUCGUCUUAUAAUGUUUGUGUAUACCGGGUAAAAUGCAACGUGGCAAUUCAUUUGUAACAUAUUUCCAUGAUAUUUUAAAAACCGUUAUUUAUUUAUUUAUCUAUUUAUUUACACAAGGUGAUAUAAUAGAGAUAAGGUUUUUAUUUUAUAUGAUUUCCAUUUAUUUGUAAAUACGAAGUUAUAUCAAAUAUAUUUGUGCUAAUGCACACACGCACACACACACACACACGCAUAGAUAUAUUGUAUAGAAUAAUAUAUACAUAACGAACGCGCUGGCGUGUUGAGCCAGAUCUUGUAGCUUGUUAGGUAUUAUUAAAUUUGUUACGAAACCUUUGUUCAAGUUUG